CUCCUUGACUAGUGAUACUGAACGCCGUUCAAAAAUAGAAAUAGGGUGCGGGUACGGAUACCUCUACAGUACAAGAGAUCUGGUUUUCAAAGUGUUUAUUUCUAUUCUAGCGAACCAAGCUGUGGGAGGGGGGUGGGGAACACUGAAAAUAGUUGCUAUGUUAGCAUACCUUGUUACCGAUUGUGCUUUCGGUCCAUUUUAAAUUUAGUUAAUGUGGGAUACGUAGAGAUGGUAGUAGCAUUGCACCGUGGCGUCAUGGCGGCCAUAUUGCCCACCAAUAACAUGGGAAUUACAGAGUGCUGAUACAUAGUUUACCUAGUAACGGAAAUCACGGAAACUAUAGUGUAAGGCGGCUGCAUUGGCGUAAGUUGUUGAAGCUGUGUUAGUGUGAAAAAAAUGUUCUAAUUUCGGCUGCACAGUCUAACCGUAACCUUAUGUGACGGUAAUUUUGGCAACGCAAGACAAAAAAAAUGGUUUACUUCUGUAAUGGUUGAAUUAAGAAAUCUCGUAUUCUGUGCAAAAAUUGUUGGCCUUCUUGCCAAAGAAUUAACACUCAAAUGUAACCUAUGACUUGUUUUUGACACAGUGCCAAAACAUUGCGAAAGUCGCACAUGUCCUGGGAAAGGGACACAAUGAUGUGUUAUAUUUUUAGUAUAGGUGGCCAAUGAAGGUGUUAAUACUUUUACGAAAGUAACGGAUAUCAUUAUGACAGUGAAAAUAGUUAUUUUGUAGUAAUUCAUAGUUUAGGGCAGUUUUUAGGAAAAUUAGGAAUGGGUGUGAUUGAAUUAAUAGCAGACGUUUUAAGUAUAAUAACCAUUUCACUCUGUCUUAUAUUAAAAAUUCCCCAAAUAAUCAACCUCAUCAAAUUGAAGUCAGCUGUGGGUAUCAAUUUGUAUUCAUUACUUCUGGAACUGACAAGUUACUCUAUCAUGACAUGUUACAAUUACUGUAACAGUUAUGCACUUCUUUCUUAUAUGGAGUACCCAAUCAUUUUAGUCCAAGAAAUAGUCCUUAUUUUUCUGGUGCUGAAAUAUAUGGGAUUCCUAGGUACAAACAGCUUUGCAUGUUUUGGACUGUACAUAGCAAUUACUGGUGCCUUUCUCUGUGGUCUGCUUCCCAAAACAAUCUUAGCAGUUCUGGCACCCAUGUGCACUCCAGUGUCAGCAUCAAGCAAAGUUGUCCAGUUGAUAGAGAUCUUGAGAACAAAAAAUGCGGAGUCUGUUAGCAUACUCACAUGGUUCCUGUCUGCAUUCACCAAUUUCACUCGAGUUUUUACCAUCUACAUGGAUUCUGCAGAUGUCACCCUUCUGGUUAACUUCUCUGUGUCCGUCUUUCUGAGUAGCUCAGUCAUGCUUUCUGCAAUUUACUACAAACAUCCAAAGAUGUCUUAAUUUCAUAGUGAGGCCAUGGAAAGAAGUUCCACUGACAAGCACCCUCCACAUCUCCUGCAGGGUGUUACAUUUCCCCCUGCUGGGCACUUCUGUAUUUACCUCCAGAUGUUUAGCUGCUCUCUUCACAUGAAUGUUGGCUAGCAACAGGUGCUUUGAGGUGAUUGAUAUAUGCCAUAGGAGGAUUGAGGGAAAUGCAAUAGUAGGCAGAAAGGAGCAGGCCUAGGAAGAUUGUCGUCCCCACCACCCAGGGGACUUCUUUCCAUAGACUCAGUAUAGUUCCUGAACCCAUUAUUUCAGCAGG